GGUGUUCAACAUUACUACCACUUUAAUUUGCUAUUAACUGUGUGUAAUAUAUAAAGCAAAGGAUGUCUAAUUCCACCACCUUGAAAGUUGUCUCAGUUGUCAUAUCAGCUUUUGCCAUCGUGCAAAUGGCACUUGCGGGUGACCCAGACAUUCUGAGUGACUUCAUAGGCCCAAUAAAUGGCAUGAUACCAGAUGGGAACUUUUUCACCUACACAGGCUUCCGUGUCCUGGUAGGUCAAAACUCACCACCCUCAACUUUCAAAGUAUUGAAAGCAACCAUGGCAGAGUUUCCAGCACUGAACGGACAAAGUGUGUCUUAUGCUGUUCUUCAGUUCCCAGCAAAUACCAUCAACCCACCCCACACUCACCCUCGUUCUGCAGAGCUUCUUUUUGUUGCACAAGGUUCUCUUCAAGUAGGGUUUGUGGACACCACCAACAAGCUCUUCACGCAGAGCCUUCAAGCUGGGGACAUGUUUGUCUUCCCAAAGGGUCUUGUUCACUUCCAACACAACGCCGAUGCUAGUAAGCCUGCCCUUGCUAUUUCGUCCUUUGCUAGUGCCAACUCCGGCACGGUUUCUCUUCCCAACACGCUCUUCAACACCUCCAUUGAUGACACUGUCUUAGCUUUGUCCUUCAAGACUAACGUUGCCACCAUUCAGACUUUGAAGAAAGGCUUUGCUCCUUAAACCUGAUAUCAUGUUCAUGGAGGCCUGCUUAAUUUGUUUCGUUCCUUAGUUUUUAACCUGCUGUUUUUUUUUUCUUCUUCUUUAUUUGAUUGUUCAAUGAGUGCUUAAUUGUGCAAUUGUUUGAUCUUGUUAUUGUUUUAUGAAUAAGGAUAUGAAAUAACAGCAUCAUUAACAUUAGUGCUUUUCACGUCUUA